UUAUCUUAAGAACAAUUUCUGCAUCAGUGCUAAUCUGGAUUAGAGUGAUAAGAGGUUCAAUAAAGAAUUUCGAUUGUAUAAUUGAUGUUUCUGGCAGACCUGUGGACUUGUUGAUUUAUCGUGAAGUAUUGCGAGAAUAAACGCGCAUUCUGCGCAAAUAUCUAAUUGAAUUUUAAUUUGUAUUAUUGACAGAACGUGUCGUGUCUAGGAUAUUUCAAGGUGGAUUUUGAACUGCUCGAAGAACCCGAAAACUUGAAAGUUUAGACGCUGGCAUCGUAAAAGUGAACAUAUAAGUAAAAUAUAUAUAAAAGCUGUGUGUGACUUCGGCACAAAUUUGCGCCGGAUAAUUGUUACAAUAGUGGAAUAAAUUAGCAGUGUAGGGGUAUGUCUGAGGAAAAUAAUUAAUGAAUGCAGCUUGAUGUGUAGACAGACAUUUUUUCGGUCUGUAAAACUCGAAACUGUCAACUUUAUGCAAAGAAAUGACAGACGAGCUCUGAGAUAACUCACAUGUACAUUCUGAUAUGGUGGACUCAAGUUCUAUAGCAUUUUGGGGUAUACUCGGAGGACUAUCGCUGCUCUGUGUUGUUACUAUUCUUCUUGUCUACUUCAUUUGUUUCUCCAGGAAUCCUAAAUUUUGCUUGUCUGCAGAAAAUGAAGAACUGCUUGAAACGACGGUUCACCACGAGGAGGUACACACUGUCACAUCGGAAACUCGUACAUCUGUCAGUGACUGCGAAGAACCAACCGUUGUACGUAGAACGGAACACGUGCACAGGGUCAUAAGAAAGCAACGGUCUUGGGGAAAUGUCCUUCAGGCUCAGAAAUCAGAACCUGUUACAAAGAUUCUUGUCUCCCCGAGGUCAGAACCAUCUAAUAUAUAGCCAGCGUCCAGUAGAAGUGGACAUUGUGAUAAGGAAACCGGUAAAGGCGGCGUUCUGUCUUUUCCUCGUCCGGGAAUACCACAGAUGACUUCCAUUGGAGCAUUAUCUUGAUAAAGCUUGUUAAGUAGUCUCUCAUGUUCAGCUUUUAAACUCGGGAAAAUAUGAUGUGUUCAUCCUCUAUUGUCGGUUGUUAAAGAAAUUUAUUCUGACUGGAUUGUCUCCCUUACACAAGGCACUGUAUCUCUUUUUAAUUUUGAAAACUUUGAUCGUGUCUCGUUCUUAGAUUCCACAAUUUUACUGCCAUUUUAGCGAUUUUUUAAAUACUUUACCUACACUUAUAUCUUGAAAAUCAAAUUUGCUACAACAAUUACAAGUGUCAACUCAUUAUUAUAUCAUAUAUAAG